CGUUUGGACAGGCGGUUUUGGUUUGAUUCGAUUGAAGUAUGUGACACUUAGCAAAUGAUAAGAGGGGUAACUAUCACAGAUAUAAUGAAUGUAGCUGUGUGGCUAAACAACACAGAAGCUUUCAGGAUGAGAGUGCAAGAAAAUAUUCUAAAAGUACAGUAUUCAAAGCGAGAAACCUUCAUAUAUUUAUAUGGUUAAAAGUUAAAUUAAAAUUAUCCAAAGCAUUAUAACUAGUGGCAGUCAUGGAGCAUAUCAUUCAGUUGAUUGUUGAAGCUCAUGAAGCACACUGUCCGUAUAUAAAAUCAAAAAUUCAAGACCUAGUUAGAACACCACUAUUACAUAGCUUAAAGAAUUGUGAAAUAGUUUCUGCAAAAGAUUUGGAGAAAACUGUUUUGUGGAGUCAUCUGGCAGCUCAUCUUGCACCAUCAAUAAAACCUUUAAUUUAUUUUGCAUCUCAUAUACCAGACUUUUGCAAUCUGAAUUUGCAUGACCGAAUUAUGUGCAUUAGAUAUGGACUUUUUGAAAUUUGGCUUGUCCAUGUAUCCCGUCUUGCAAAUCCAGCAGAGGGCACAAUAACUUUCUGUAGUGGUAGCUAUAUUUCCCGUCGUCAGUUAGAAGCAAUAUAUGAACAAGAAUUUGUUGCCAAGUUAUUUAAUUUCUUGGAAUGUUUGAAUGAUUUCCAACUUAAUGAUACAGUUAUAGCUUUGUAUUCUGCGGUUGUUCUCCAUACUUCAGAAAGACAUGGGAUCCAUGAACCUGUGUUGUUGAAAAAAAGACAGGCAAAAUAUAUCAAGAUUUUAAAAUAUCAGAUGAUUGUGCAUGACAGACAGCCAGAAGUUUUUGAGAUAUUGAUAUCUAUGUUGCCAGAGCUACAUAAUCUGGGGCAGAAGCAUGAUGAGUACCUAAAAAGAAUAUGGUCUAAUUCUUCUAGGAAUGAUAUACCUCUUUUGUUAGCUGAGGUAUUUGAUUUUUUAAGUGAUGAUCAAGAUUUCAGCAACUAUUUAGGAAACUAAAUAUUCUAAAUAAAAGUUUAUGUUCUGCAUUGAAACAGAACUCCCUUCCCCAGCCCUGUGACUUUCCUUUUGCAUAUUAGACUGUGAAAGUUUUAUUAUUAAUAUUACUAAAUGUUCUCUUUCAUAUGUUUUGUUUGUAGCAUAGAACCAAAGAUUUUGACCAUUACUGAAAAUAUUAUACAUGAGUAGAAUAUAGCUCAUUAGACACUUUCUAUACACUUAUAAAUGUUCAUUUAUUUUAAAAAUGCAGUGCAGAGUUUGAGAUCAAUGGUGACCAAGAAUCUGGCAGUUUCAAAUUAUGAAAAUAUCCAGAUUUUAGAUCAUUAAUUAUGUGGCGUAGUUGUUUGUGAAACAAUGAAGCUUGUAAAUGACCUUAAAGGAACCAAAAUUUAGGAGAAAAAGCUCAAUGUUUAUUUUGUUUUAGUAAAGAUUUCUUUUAAUAUAAAUUGCUUAAUUUUUAAUUUUGCCAGAUAGCCCCCUUUUUUUUUUUUUUUUUUUUUUUUUACCAUAUUCAAGUAAUUUAACCUAACCUAAUGAAUCACAAAAUUAUACUUUAUAAGUCCUGCUACUGACAUACCAAGAAUUCUAACUGAAUAAUCAUUUGAAAUUUUGUCUUUCUCAGCAACCUCUUUAUUACUUUAUUCACUGCCUAUGGCAAUGUUUUCUUGAUUCAAAACCAUAUUACAGACUUUGCCAUCCAUUAAUUGACUGAUGAUUGGGGCAUUAUCAUCACAAUAAAGACUUCAAAUUAUGUCACUUUCAUUUAGUAUUUAUUUAAGUUCUAUUGACUAUAAAAUUUUUCAGUUUUACAUCAAAGCUACAAUAUCUGCCCCCUUUUUAUUUAUUUAUUAUUCCUGUAUUUUCUUAGCGCCAGGCAUUGUUUUGGUUACUUUCCUGAUGCAAUCAUGUUUUUAAUAUCUAAUCAGUUUUUUUUAAUUAAAUUUUCAUGAUUUGGGAUUUGCCUGGAAAUGAAUAAACAGCUGUUAUAUUUUUUUAAGAAAGAGGUAUUCUGUUAAGAAGAAAAGAAAGAGAAAUUCUACUUUUGAGAAAAAAGAUUUUCUACAUAAAGACAUUUCUGAAUCAUUUUUGCAUGAAAUUAAAAUGCAACUCAAAGUUGAAAUGGUGAUAUUUUUUGGAUUUAAAACCAUACUACAUAUAUUAACUGUUUUGUUUAUUGAUUGAGGCAUUGUUAUUAUAAUGUAAGACUUCAGUUAUAUCACCUUCAUUCAGGACUUCUUCUCAUAAUCCAUUAAUAGGAAAGUUUUGCUCUUUACUUAUGAUAUCUGGAAACCUUCAAAUUUUCAGCUAUCUAUAUCGUAAUGCAAUUUAAUUACUGGUUAUAAAUUAUGCCAAGCAUUUUUAAGCACAUCUCCAGGCAUGUCCUUUCAUGAUCUUGCAAUGAGCCACAUGACUCUGGCAAACACAGUUCAUAAAUGACCACCAGCGCAGAUGCGCAAUCAGAGAGUAAUAGUGCUACAAUUUUCAAUCAGUGAAAUAAUUGGAGCAUUUUUGAGAUUGAUAGGUAGAGUUAAGCUGUGUAUGCAGUGGUAGGUAGCAGUGAGAAUUCAAACAAUAUUAGUAAGGUGAGUGGAUAACAAUACCUCCAACGAAGUAAUAGAUCUUCUAAGGCGAGUCUGAAGAAGGAAGAAUUAAAUGGAUGACACUCUCAGUCAGUGUCCAGUCACAUGAUCACAGCUUCCAUACUGAAAUGCUUAAAGAAUAAAGUAGAUAAUUGGAUAAGUAGAGCAAAACAAGCAUUGGGUAAAACUUUGGAGAGUUAAGGAAAGAGAGUAAACUCAAUUCUCUUAGAAGAGGAGAAUAGAAGCUCUCGUAGAUAGUAGAAUCUAGAAGAGGGGCCUAAUAAUUUAGGAGGGAAGACAAAAAUAAAUUCAUUGAAUCAGAGUUAAACUAAAGCUAAUUUUGUUUUCCUAAUAUAGCAAGUGGCUUUCUUCUGAAAUUUCUGUCAUUAUAGUAGAAUGUGGAAUAGGAAUUGUGCUAUUUUGCUUGUUGGGGAUUUUCUUAUGGAAUUUUUUCAUAAGAUAACCCAUGAAAGCUGUUGUAUAUUUUAUAGUAUAUUCUUGAUGUAAAACUUCAUUGGUAAUAUACAGUUGUCAGUAUGCAAACAAAGCUACAGUCAUUCAUUUGGCAGUUUGCAAUGUAAAGCUUCAUUACCUACACUUGUUCAGGUAAUAAUUUUGUAUGACUUGAGUUCUCCAUUUGUACACUGUGAGAAAAAGAAAAUUUUGAAAAGAAGAAAAAGUUCUAUUCAAGGUGGGGAUAGUAGACCAUUCCGGCUAUUGGACAUCCGGAUUUCAGAUUUUGUACUGCAGUUCUGUGUCCUAACAUUAUCGUUUGUAAAUUAUGUUAAUUUCUGAAUUGUAUAUUUAUAUGAACAAACAUGACUUUAUUAGCCAUUGAUUCAGAUAAUAUAAAAACCUAUGUGAAACAUUUGUUGUAUGAUGUAAUCAUACAUAUUUAUUUUAAUGUAACUUUUUUCAAUAUUUUUAAUAUGCAUCUGUUCUGAUAUGUCAAACUAUUUGUAUAUAAUUUUCCAGUGCUAGGUUUUUUGAUAAGUAUUUUUAGGCUGUAUAUAAAUGUAGUGUACAUAUGUGCUUAAAUUAUAAUUGCAAUUUAUAUAACUAUAAUUCUGACUAAAAUAUGUUUUGAAAAAGUUUCUGCGAAACAUUUAAUAUAGAUUGCCUGCGUGUGUAUAAAUGAAUUUCUGAAGUUCCCAUCUUAUAUAGAUAAUGGUGUGAUUAUCCAAAAUUAAACAUUCCAUAAAUUUUAUUCCAUUUUAAUUUUAAAAAAUUUAUUUAAUUUGAAACUAUACAUUUUUAUUUUUAUUAUUGUAGUAGUAUUUUUUUCUCUUAUCUAGAUUUAUAUUGCAGAAUUAAUAUUUGCGCUUCUUGUGUGUACAAGUGCCUUUUUCUUAAUAUUUCUUUAAAGUUCUAAGAAUAAACAUGUUUGAUUUAUAGGCAAAUGAUGAAAUGUGUUAACUUUUGCUCAUUAAACUUAAUUAGCUGCCAAGUAAUUUUUUACUGAAUUUUAAAUAUCUUAACUUUACAAAAUUGUGUGAAAUUAUAAUGUAUAUUUACUAUAGAAAAUAUUAAAGAAUUUGUUUAGGCUUUACAA